UCCCACAUCCACUGAGCCGCACCGCGACGCCAUGGACGUCGCGGAGCAGCUGCAGCUCUUGGAUCGCCGCGUGGCGUACCUGGAGGAACUCACGGCGCACAAAGAGGCCCAGCUUGUGGCCAGUGAACACAGCUGGGAAUGUAUGACCUCCAGCAACGUGCUGAAGUUCCUGAAGGCCUUGCAAGGUGAAGUGUCAACGCUGCGGCGGGCUCUACCAAUGAGCGACGAGGUGCAUGCCUUGCGAGAAGUCGUCAACUCCAUGCAAGGCUCGGUUGAUCUGAUGAAGAACAAAACGCAGGCCAUGGAGCGGAAUUUGCGGGAUGUCAAUGGACACAUUGACUCCAGUCACUCCAGCUUAAUGGACAAGCAGACACGAAUGGAAUCCGCAAUGGGCCACUCAAUUGGCACGGAGCUGCCCGCCAUCCGUUCGGACCUGAAGGGUCUUGAGCGAGAUCUGCGGCUGAAACAGGAUAGCUGGCUGAAAGAAGCUGGCAUGAAACUGCAGGCGAUGCAAAGCAUGCCGGGGAUGCUCUCCAAGCUGGAAAGUGACUUCCAACAACGGGCCAAAACCAUUGAGUCUUCCAUUGAAGCAAAGUUUUCGAAGAUGGAGGGCCGAUGGGGAGAGAAAUGCUCUUGUUUCGUGGUGGAAAUCACGCGCCUGGUGGAGUCCAAAUUGGAGACCAAACUGGACGUGGCCUUGUGGGAGGACCUAAAGAUCGACAUGGAGGCCUCUAUCAGCACCUUGCGUGAAGUCCUGCGCACACAGCGGAUGGCUUUGGAAGGGGAUUUGCAAUCAUUGCGCACCACCGUCGACUUCAGAGGGGACGAGAUCCGUGCGCUGAACCGCGAGCUUCGGAAACUGCUGGUCCGCGGUGUGGAGGCGAGUGUCGAGGCCAAUCCCAGUGGUUCAGAGGGCAACUACACUGUGGUCAUCCAAUGA